AUGGCUGAGGACCAAUCGGGACCAACUUCGUCCUCGGCGUCAACGCUCAAGAGGUCUUUCAGCCCAAUAGAUUUGAAGUCUUCCACUCCUCAAGGAAUAAUCAAAGAGCUGUCUGACGCCUACGACGUACCGGAGAUACUUGUGAGGUCGCUGUUCAACAUGAACGGCAGAAACAAUCAGUCCAACCUCAACGACCGCGAAUUCAUCAUCAACCUGGAAUCUGAGAUCAUCGAGUUCAUAGUAAAGCCCAACGUCGACUCGUGGAAAAUGACCCCGCUGAAUUCCUACUACCGGUUACUGACUCAUAAAUUAGCCGAGUACUACAAUUUAGGGCACAUAUUGUCGAACGACGGUUAUUCGAUGGUUUUGUUCAAGAUCAACACGUCGCUGGUGAACGCCGACGACGAGACAAAGAAAUCCGCAGCGUUCGACGAUGAGGGCAACAUCAAGCCGCUGGAUUUCAGAAACAUCAAAUUCGACCCAAUGGAGAAACUCGACAGGAUAAGGGUCUCGGAAAUUUUCGACAACUACAAAUCGUACUUCAGCUCGAGUCUGGAGCGCGAGCAGGAAGAUGAGCGGCCUGUUUCUGGCAAAAGCGGUAAAGCCACCAAAAAGAACGCCAAAGAUGAAGGCUACCAAAAUGGUAGCUCGGGCUAUAACAAGAACGGCAAUGGGCAUCAUCUGGAAGACGACAAAUCGUUCAGAAAACAGGGCAAUAGGGCAGUUCACGGCUCGAUGGACGGGCCCAAUGGCUUUGUCGACGGAGAUACCGACACACGGCCGCGCGGGAAUAGAAAAAAAUAUCAGCAUCCACCAAUGCCGGAGUACGGCUACUACCAUCCAUUCGUUCCGUACAACUAUCCGUACGGACCUCCGCCCCAGAUGAUGCCCCAACCUGUGGAGUCUGCGCCCAUCAACAUGAGAAGCACGUCGCCUUCCAAUGAGCAGGGGCAUUCUCCGAGCCCUUCUUCAGGAAUGCCACCGUACUCUUACAUUUACGCUGUGCCAACUCCACCGGAGACAUCCAUUGCCCCAAUGCCGCCGUCCCAGGUACCUGCUGAAGGCUCGCCUAAUUCCGCGUCAUCGACGCCUCUCUCCGCUACUGCCUCCAUGCCUCCUGUGCAGAUGGUGCCUUCGUAUCAAUAUUACUACCCGCCUCCGCACCCCGGCGUGUAUUAUCAGAUGGGGCCGGGCAGCAACGGGGGACGGUAUUCCAAUGGUAGAAACAAGUUUCCUGACAACAACAACGGGUAUUACAGGUCGUCUCAAAACGGCGAGAAAAAGAGUCACAAAAAAUGGAGCAACGGGGGUGACAAAUAA